AUGAUUAAACGAAAUCUACAUAAAUCGACAAGACACAACUUAUUUGGUGGAAAAUCAUUAAAACCAAGUCAACAACAAUUGUUCACUCCACCAUCGACAACAUCACAAAAAUCAAAACCGCCAGCAAAUCCAUCCGACAUACUCAAGAAAAAUGACAUCUUAAUGUAUUCAAGCAAACCUUUGAACUAUAUAGAAUCAAUUAAAAAAGAUGGAUUCCACCUAGCUAAUAAUCUACUAAUUACUGCUCCAUACGGGUUAGUUCUAAUCAAUUCAGAAUCAUUUCAAGUCAAUCUCGAAAAUGGCUAUAAAAAUUUCAAAAAUUAUCUAAUUGAAUUUGAACCAUCUGUUUUAGAAAUAUUUAAAAAGGUGCAUCCUAAACCUGAGAUUCUUGUUAUUGGACUAGGUAAAUUCUCCAGAAUGUUGAGUGAGAAUAAUCGAUUGUUUUUUAGUGAAUUGGGCAUCCAAGUUGAAGUCUCUGAUUCUAAUAAUGCUGGUCAAAUCUUUGAUUUAUUGGCUACUGAAAGACCUGGUGUUAUUGGUGCUUUAUUGUUGCCUCCAAACGUAUAA